AAAGACAAACAAAAAAAAAAAAAAGUUUCCAGAUCCAAAAUUACAAAAAAGAUUCUUAAAAACUCCCAAAUCGUAAAACUGAACAAACAACAAAACAAACGAUCAAAUUUACGAAAAGUCUCAAUUUUAGAGUUUCUUCUUCUCUUGUUUGAUUUUGUGGUUUGUACUUUGAUCUGUGGAUUGUAUUUUUUUUAAUAACAUUUCACUCUCCACCCAAAGCACUCGGAUUGAUCUCUUGAAUCAUUGAUCUAUCUGCUGAUUUGCUUCGAUUCUGCGAAAUUAGGGUUUUUGGUUUUUGUUUGUUCGAUUCGAUUUUUUUGGGUUAGUGUUUGUGUUGUGUUAGAUGAACGAUCAAUCUAAGCUGAUGAAUCCGCCACCUCCACAGCAGAUGAUUGGUCAGCCUCCGCCUCAACAGAGGAUGAAUCCGCCGCCGCCGUCGUCUCAGCCACGGAUUAUGAACCAGACUCCGUUGUUAGGCCAAUCUCAUCCGAUUUUGAGUAUGAACCAGCAGCAGCAGCAGACACAGGUUAUGAUGAACAACAACCAGGCUAUGAUGAUGAAUCCACGCAACUUUAACCUUAACCCUAGCUUGAGCUCCGAGUAUCAGCAGAAUCUUCCUCUUAAUAACUUUGGCUCGAAGCAUUCCAAAAUGAUGCGGAACAAUUGGAAAGGGAAGAAGAUUACAAGUGGUGGUGACAAGAGGCUAAUGAUGGAGCAGCAGCAGCCAAUUAGGAGGAUGCAUAACUCUGGGAUCCCUAUGUAUAACCCUCAGCAGAUCAUACCUGGUUCUGGUAGUAUUCAGGCUGGUCCUGUUGGUGGAGGUGGUUACAAGCCGCCGACUUUGAACGAGUUGCAGUCUCAGAACAGGUUGAAGACCAGGAAGUUUUAUCCCAAGAAGAAGUAUGGGAACCGAUUUGUUCCUUUUGCUCCUAGGAACACGACUUCGUUUAUUAUCAGGGCCAAGAAAUCUGGUGGAAUUGCUGAGUUGGUGUCUCCAUGCCCUGUGACACCUGCUGUGUUGCCGACUCCGAUGUUUUCUCCGUCCAGGGAGGUGUUGGGUGAUAUGGCCAAGGAGGAGUGGGGGGUUGAUGGUUAUGGCUCCAUGAAAGGGUUGAUUAGGCUGCGAGCUGAUGGAAAUGAGUUGGAACCUUAUGAUGAGGAUGAUGAAGAUGAAGGUGGAUCGAGUGAGAGUGAUGUGGAGGAGCAUGUUGAGGUUGAGAGGAGACUAGACCAUGAUUUGAGUCGGUUUGAGAUGAUUUACCCAAACUAUGGUGGGUCUGAGUAUAACAAUGUUUUGGAAAACCGAGUGGAUGAUCAGGAUAGCCAUAUUGCUCAACUGGAGGAAGAGAACUUGACCUUGAAAGAAAGGUUGUUCUUGAUGGAAAGGGAGUUAGGUGACAUGAGGAGAAGGUUACAGUAUCUUGAGAGGAGGGAUAUGGUUGCUGAAGAUGCUAACGAGGAGGUUGUGGAGAAUGAAUCUGAAAGUGACGGUGAUGAUACAGGGGGUUCUGAUGCACGUACUAGCGGUGAAACAAAGGAGAACAAUGUAGCUGCAGAAGAUGUUUGUAUGCAGGAUGUUGCGGCUAGGGAUGGUGAGGCUACUGGGAAAGAAAUUAACAACAACAGUAAGAGCAAUGUGGUUGAAGCUAAAUAUAGCAACCAUAAGAUUGAUGUGGGAAGCUCUGGGGAAAAUGAACCUGCAGGUAAGGAAAAAGCUGAGACAGAUUUUCGGGAAGUUUCAGGGGAACAAUGUGAGGAAGCCAAUCAGGGUAUGGAUCAGAGUAAGGAUAACGAAAUGGCUAUUGAGAAGCUUGAAGAUGCAUCUGAGAAUGAUAUUGUUGGAGAACAAUGAACCAUAUGACACCUGGACCAAGGAAGCAAGCUGACAAGAACCCAUGGUGAUAGACAGAGUGAAGAUGCAAAGUUGAUGUGUACCAUUGUCCCUUUGGAAUAACGUAAGUCUCUUAUAUGCACAGGCGUUAGUGAUGUAUCUCUGCAGCUCCUAUAUGUCAAUAUGUGCUUGUCUUAGUAGGCGUAGUCUUGUUCCCUCUUCACUUUUGGUAUCAGAGUUUAGGAGAUUCGCUUUCAGGGGGGAAGUUCAUAUAAAGUCAUGGUAAGCUUUUUAAAAAAAAACUUUUACUUGUCUCGGUUUUACUUUACCUCUAUGAUGGAUGAUCUGGUUCAUCUUGUUGGUGAUAAGAUUUUCCCGGGGGUUAAUAAGAUUGUAGUAAAAGCGACAAGGUUCAUUGUAGUGAAAGAACUUAUGGAUUUUAUAGAGUUUUUAUGUUUGUUUUAUUUCUUAAUGUAUUUGGAUGGUUCACUUUUAAUAGCAUAAAGCAUAAUAUA